AUGUAUUUUGCGAUAAUUCUGAAAGAAAAACUUACAAAAACACAAAAUUCAAUGAAUCUACCACCUCUUCAAUAUUGUAAACACAAGAUUAUUACUCUCUAUAUCAUUACGCUUUCUAGACAACAGAUGAAAGAAGAAAAAAUAAAUCAAACUCCUCAUAAACCGAUUCUGAUAUCGUAUCUUUGGUAUUAUCCAAGUCACUCUUUUGACACGCAUUGUGCAAAUAAAACAAGAAAAGAAAAUCCUUCAGAUUUAAAAUAA